UCUUUAGUCAGUGACUUUACUGAUUUACGUAUUAUCGUUAUUAGUAGUGAUAAUAUAAUGUUUUUGUGUAAUUCAUGAAGAGAGAUAGAGACAAAAAGAGGAAGAAUCUGAAGAAAUGUCAAAAUUAAAGUUUCAAGGUUAAUUAAAGUUUAAAUCAAAUAUGAAACUUGUUAUUUAUACGACUAAAUCUAUGUUCUUUCUGUCAACGAUAUUUAGUUUUAUGUAUCAUGUGUGAUAUAAAUGAAACUGCAGUCUCCGAUUAUUUUCAUAUAAAAUAAACAUAGUGUACAAAAACUUUCCUCGGUUUUAUUGAAUUUUGUUAUUUAUAAUUUGAACUAGGUACAGAAAGUUAGUUUUUGGAAAAUUGUAAAUUAUGGAAACCGCCCAGACGUUAUACCUUAACCUCUUUGGUGAGGACAAGAUUCAUGUUUUAAAAGAAUUGUUGCACGCUUGCGUGGAUGAAAUAUGUGGGAGACCAGGUCCAACUUAUCAUAAAUUUGUAAAUAGUAUGGAUUGGAGUAAAGAAGAAUACGAAGAAACGUACAAAUUAAUAUCUACACUUUUAAGACAUCCAGCUUCGUUGUAUUUGACGGAAGAAAAGAUGCCACAAGAGUACCACGAAUUGCCAGAGCAGAUUCAACAGAAUAUAUUAUCAUGUUUAAAAGUAAGAAGAGAACAGUUAACAGAUGCUCUGCUGAUAGAAUGUUCCAAAGAGAAACACGAGACUGUAAUUGACUUUGACUGGAGAUUGAAGCUUGUAAUGGGCUCUAGCAAACUAGCUUCUUUAAGAGAGCCUCUUCUACAGUUAGAUCUCAUUCUUGAAAAUAAAAAUUCAAAACGUAUUUUAGAUUUUGAAUUGAACAAAGAUGAAUUGGAUACCUUUAUAAACACUAUGGAAGGUAUAGUACUUGAAUGUAAACAAAACAAUUAAUAAUAAAAAGAUUUUUUAUGCUCAACCUAUGAUUGUAGUAAAUUGUCCGAGAUGAAAUAAGAACACGAGUUUUUUUUUACACUUGUUUCACAGUUUAUUAUAGGUUAUAGAUAAAUGUAGAAUAGUUUAAUUACUAUUAUAACUGCUCAUCGAAGAUACUGAAGACUGUUGGUCUGUGUCCGAGGCAUCAUCGACUCAAAAAUCUCAUUUACAAUUUUGUAGUUCCGGCGCGCAAAAUAAAUAAACGAGGAGGCUUGUGUCGAUGGCGCCUCAGCGUUAACGGUUGAUAGUUUCUGAGUGCACAGAUCAGUCGGGUUUAAGAAUCUUUUUUUUUCUUUUUUUCACUUUUUUUUAAAUAAAAAGUUCACUCUCGUCGCCAAAACUUGCUUCGAAAAAACGUGAAUUUCGUUGUAAAGAUCAUUACGGACAAUAUAUUUAAUGAAAGGUUUACUAUACAACUUUUAAUUUUACCUCUUUCUCCUUAUUCAAUAAUAUAUCGUUUAAAAAUCAAUGCCGGUCGCGGGCACAGUGAACGCUCGCUCCAUUAACACUUACAUGUUAUUCUGAGAUUUUGGAGCAUUUACAUAUAUGCGCUUUUCGUUUAACUUUACGAUCUACGCUACGAUCUUAAUAAAAAAAGCUUUCGUAGGUAAUUAUUUAUUCCUGGAGAUCCGUGGAAACGAAUCCGUUCUGGAUGGUAAUUGUGCAUGUUUCGUAAUUGUAAUUAGGCGAUAUUUUAAUGAUUAUUAUAAAAUUACGAAUAGGCUUCCUCGUAAGUAUUCUCAUAUGGAGAAGUAGCAUUUCGAAGGACAAACGCCGAAUUUACACAAACGCUUUCUCUAUGUCUAGAUUAUAUAUCACUUACACUGUUUCGACAUACUGUAUGUUUCCCUUAUCUCGUGUGUUGUAUGAUACGUAUGUACGCAUUCGCGUGUAAUGUCCUUGCAUGUGUAGUUAUGUCGUGUGCUCGCGCGUACCAAAGUCAUACGUUGAAGUGUGCAGUUCCUCGUUACAACAUAAAACCUCUCGAUUGUACAAUUAUAAAGAAAAACAAGGACCGCGAAAGAAAUACGAGCAAAAUAAUCUACUGUCCUUGAAAUCGCGAUGCGAGUGUUUCAUAACUCGUGCGCGCUUUGACAUUAUCUUUUAAUAAUUUUUUUUUUUUAAUCGCUCUUCCAUUCUAUCGCUCUUGCUUUCCUGUUCAUAUUCUGGCGAAGAGACACAUUCCAAUUAUUCUUUACUAUUUUCCUUGUUCCUUUUUUUGACGCUCGAUAUUCGCUUUCGCUUUCUCUCUCUCUCUCUCUCUCAUUCUUCUUUCGAACUCCAUCCUAUCAUGCUUUCUCACACAUACCAGCACACACACCUUGUUCUGUCAGUCUCUGAUCUUACCCUUUUUUUUACAUUUUUUUAUUUUUUUUUUUAAUUUUUUUUUUUUAUUUUUUUUGUUACAGUUUUCUUGUUCUUUAUACUCUCUCGAUAUAGCAAUAUGUAGUUACGAGAGGGGGCGCCUCGAUGAGUAUUUUCUUUUUCUGGAAUAGGCGACAAAUGAAGUUUCCUUCUUCACCACUAUUUACUUUAUUUUAAUGUUCGUACGUAUCGUCUGUCCGUCGCACGAUGGUCGCAUGAUACGAUUUACACAUAGCAAUAAUGACAAUUUCCCAAUUUUUUUUUUUUUUUUUUACAGCAGGGCCAAGUUGUCACGACGUUA